ACAUUAAGCUUGUGUUUUUUUUUUAUUGUACAGUACACCAAGCAACAUGGCUGAGGUUCACGAUUUUGAUGUCCCCUCAUGGGCUGGCAAACCUCAUCCAGGUCUGCACUUAGAUGUAUUGAAAGAUGGAAAGAUGAUUGAGAAAAUGAUGAUAGAUGAGAAGACAUACUAUCUAUUUGGAAGAAAUUCUCAGACGUGUGAUUUCGUGAUCGAUCAUGCAUCAUGUUCUCGCAUACACGCUGCUCUUGUCUACCAUAAGCACUUGAAUCGAUCCUUUAUCAUAGAUUUAAAUAGUACACAUGGCACAUACCUUGGCAGUAUAAGGCUCGAGAGGAAGAAGCCACAGCAAGUCCCGAUUGACAGUACAAUUAGGUUCGGUGCAUCCACACGGACGUACAUCUUGCGAGAGAAACCUCAAAACGCAAUCACACCUGGUGGAAAAGCUGAUCUCUCAGAGCAGCAGUUAGACGAAGAAGAAGUACAUGGUGGGUUAUUAGGACUUCCAGAAGAAGAAACAGAACUUGCUAAUUUGACCGAAUUCAACACAGCGCAUAAUAAACGAUUGACAGCGGUCGGGAUUGAAGAGUCAGCAGCGACUGAAGCCGCACGUGCUAAGAGGAAACGAAAAUACCUGAGCGUUGCAUUUAGUGAGGAAGAUGAGGUUAUUAAUCCAGAGGAUAUUGAUCCCUCAGUAGGUCGGUUCAGAAAUCUUGUCCAAACAUCAGUUGUUCCUGUUAAGAAGAGGAGGUCAGACAAUGUAACAUUUUCACAAGAGGGUAUAAACAAACGUUUACAAGGUUUUAAUUACAACUCCCUGUAUUCUGACCUACCACAAGAAGAGACGUCUUCGUCUAAUGCCACCACACCGACCUCACCGAAGUACGGGCUCAUGAGUUCAACAUUGAGUUUUAUGCAUACUCCAAAUUUAGCUCCAGAUGUGAACCCAGCACCGAGUGUCAUACCACAGGUGGACCCGGUACCGGUGCCAGUUGUUGGACCGCAGGGACCAGCAGAACCAAAGAAAAAGUACUUUCCAAAGGAGGCAUGGCCGGGCAAGAAGCCAACACCGUCACUUCUUAUUUGAUUACGCGGAAUUUUGUAAAGCUGUUGAUGCAAGUUGAAUUGAACUUUGAACUGUAAAUAUUGUACAGGUUUGCCAUUCAUACUUCUGCUCUGGUUCCCUGCUUACAAUGCCACAAAGAUUUCCUUACAUCACGAUGUCUUCAGUUUAGAAGACUGCUGCUUAGAGACUACCACAUAAGGUGUACAAGUACAACAUUUUCAACAGUUUUUUAAAGCACUUACCUACAGUAUUAUUUUAUUCCGUGAUGUUUAUUUAAAAUAAUGUACUUUGGAGUAUAAAUAGGAAUAGUAUUGUGGACAUAAUGCCCUGUGGCAUAGCCAGAACACCUUUUCCUUAAAUGGAUCCAAUAUCAUUGUACAAUUCACAAUGAAUUUUGUGACAGAAAUGGUGAAAGAGCAUGAAAAAUACAGUAGGCAAUGCUCUACACUUUUUUUUAAUAAUUUGGACUAACAAUUACAAAUUAAAACAAUUUUGAUACAAACAAAAUUAAGAUGAAAAUAUAAAGAUAAUAAUACCAACUGCCACACCAUCCCAACAGAAGGAAACUUUUGUGAAAAUUAUUUUCAUUUAACAAAAAUAGUUAAAAAAUAAAAUAUGCUAAUAAAUAUAGUUCAAGAUUGAAAGAAUAGACAAAGGUUAAAUACAGAAAAAAAUAACUAAUCCAUUUGAAAAAAAUGUGUUUCUUUGGAAUAUGGUAGGUGCUAUAUGAACUGAUAAUUAUUACUGUAUUGUGAUUUUUUUUAUGAUUUUGUUAUUAUAAAUCCAUAUUAUUGUUAUUAUUGUAUUAUUAUUAUAAUUAUUAUUAUUUUUAUUAUUAUUAUUAUUAUUAUUAUUAUUAUUAUUAUUAUUAUUAUUAUUAUUGCAAAUCAGUUUUAGUGAAUAUUCUCUAGUUGUAGUUCUUAAACUUGCCACUAAACCUGACCAAUCUUUGUUAGUUGCUUCUAAUUGGACCAGAAGCUGUAACAUUGCUUUUUCACUUCAAUCCUUAUUAGAUCAUGUAUGUAUUGUUAUGUAGGCCUACUGUAGUAUAUUUUGAUAAAAUUACGGAAGACUCUUGCUUUCUAAUCAUAGGGUCAGUUUUUUUUUCCUCGUGAUUUCAGACUACUCCUCCUGCCUAGCUUUUUUUUUUUAGCUUUAGACCUUUGUGAGUUUUCGUGUACUGUACUAAAUACAUGGACUUACCACAGGAGUCCCUUGUGUUUUUUUUCUCAUCCUGGACAGCGCCACCAACGAGUAAGAAAGAAAUCGAGUAUGGGAUGGGAUGUCAAUUUAAUUUGGUAUGGCGCGCAAUAAAAAGUGAGUAACCCAAAUUUAGCGCCUGGAAGACAGAUUAUUAGGUGCUGAACUUACUUAGCAUUUGAGUUGCUAUUUUAUAAUAACUUUGGCUUCACCAUAAAGGUUUUUCUUAUUAUUUAUUUACUUGUAACUUAUACUACAUUUUUGUUAUACCAGGUACAGCAAGAAACAAGGCCAUAAAAUUAAUCUUUAAAAAGGGUCCUGUUAUGAGAGAAAGAGUCCCAAAUUUCACCUCAUAACUAACCUUAAACUAUGUGUAAACCCAUCGUCAUUCACAUUAACAUGAAAAAUAAAAAAAAUUAAAACUAAAAACAAAGAUGAUGAUGAUGAUGUUAAUAGUAAUAAUAAUAAAAUGUAUGUAAUAUGUCCAUAUAUGGGCAUGAUGAUGUCAUAUACCCAUUUAAAGGCAAAUUUUUUAACACAGAAAAUUUGAUAGUGUGGUAAACAGUGGCGGGGCCCAAGGGCAGGCGCGGAUCCCCCUCAAUUUUUGAAGUGCCCCUUUUUUACCUGAUGAUAAAACGCAAACUACUGUAAAAAUAAAUAACUUAAAACAUAAGUAUUUAAAUUUUUUUUAAAAAUUUAUGAUGAAUAAUCAAUUAUUCAACGAAAGGAAUAUAUUGACAUCUGGUGUUAAGUACGUCUAUUUCAAACAGAGUGCAUUUAUUUUAUUUCUGCCAGGACGUCACUUGCCCGAUGUCCCCGACGACGAUACCAUAAGUGGGCGCGUGGUCGGAUGUCGCUCAAAAAUGAAGAUUGGCCUACUGUAUCGUAUUACGAGUGUUAAAUUAUUAUUUUCAUUAUUAUUAAUAGUUUCCAUUGUUAUUGAUAUUGAUCUUAUUUUUUAUCUAAACCCUCUGUACAUCUCCGAUAAAACUAUUUGUUUUACAUCACGUCCUGCCCCUGUUGCUACACCAUCCGUGGUGCCCUUUUUUUCCUGGACUGCCCCUUUUUUUCUGGACCCCCCUUGUGUAAAUGUCUAGAUCUGCCCCUGAAGGGGACACAAUAUGUCGGGGAGAAAAAUAAAUUAUAUGUAUUUUCGACAUAUUUAUAGAUUGUAGAAUCGAUUAAAUAAGCCUUUGAAACCCCUAAAUUGUCAUAUUUUUGUUGGAGGGGCGCUUCGUCCACUGGACCACUUUCAAUAGAUUUUGAGCGACGCCCGACCACGCCCACUUUUUUCUCGUCAGGGACAUCAGCGACCCCUCCCCCCCCCCCGUCUGACACCUUUGAUCCCUAUCGGAAAAAUCAUGGCACCGCCCCUGGUGGUAAAUCUUUCAAACUCUACCAAUACAAUCAAGUUUGAAAGUUUGUAACACAUUUCCUCAUACAUGUUUAUGUGAUAAAAAGUGUCAUAUGCCCGUAUUCGGGAAUCGUGUGUAAUAUGACAUCAUCAUACCCAUACAGUAUUUGGGCACAUCACAAUUUUCAUAAAUUGUAUAUUGUUUCAAAAAUAAAUCAUGUUCUUCAAUAUUUCGAAUGUUGUGAUUUUAUUGGUACUGUAUCUGUUUUUAUUGUGUUGUGGGGAAGGCCUUACUAUUAUUAGCAACUACUUGGUCUCUCCUGGGCUAUGGCAGUUGGUCUUUUUCUUUUCUUUUUUUUUCAAUGUUUGUUUUUUCUAAUGUAAUGUUUUGAAAUAUUAUUGUACUUUUAUGCCCGAACUAUUAUAACAAAUUAAUAAAAUAAAUGAAAUUUGAUAUUGUGAACUGGGUAUUAGUAGGCCUACCAGAACUGGCAUUACAAUUUGAAAUAAGCACUCAAUGUUAACUGGUAUCAAAAUAUAACACUUUGGCCACGAGCUAGCCAUGCUGCUUUAGCUCGUGAAAUGUUUUGUCUCGUGAACAUGUGGUAUUUAUAUAGAAUAUUGUUAACAUGUUAUGGUUAGUAAUGAAUGAUUGCAAUACUGUAUUGUGUUUGCAGUGGCUCGGUUACAGCCGCAUAUCUAGGUGGCGGGGCAUUUCUCUUUAAAAAAA